AUGAAGCAGAGAUUCUCGUCAUUGGAUGUCAAGGUCAUUGCGCACGAGCUCCAGGCGAGCCUCGUGACUCUACGACUCGCAAACGUCUACGACCUGUCCUCCAAGAUUCUGCUCCUCAAAUUCGCCAAGCCUGAUAACAAGCAGCAAUUGCUGAUAGAAAAUGGAUUUCGCUGCCAUUUGACCGACUUUGCCCGAACGACUGCCGCCGCUCCAUCUGCCUUUGUAGCUCGGCUUCGCAAAUAUCUCAAGACCAGACGGCUGACGGCAGUUACACAAGUGGGAACCGACAGGAUCCUCGAAUUCCAGUUUAGCGAUGGCCAAUAUCGAAUGUUUUUGGAGUUUUUUGCGAGCGGAAACAUUAUUCUUACCGAUGCGGAUCUAAAAAUCUUGGCGAUUUCUCGCAAUGUUGGCGAGGGAGAGGGGCAAGAAGCACAGCAGGUUGGACUGCAGUAUUCUCUCGAGAAUAGGCAGAACUAUGGCGGUAUUCCUGCCUUGACAAAAGAAAGGAUAAGGGAUGCUCUCAAAUCUGCCGCAGAGAAGGCUGAAGCAAACGCAGGGGCCAAUACUUUUUCAGGAAAGAAACCCAAAGGUAAAUCUGGUGGUGAUUUGCGGAAGGCCUUGGCAGUUUCCAUCACAGAGCUACCUCCUACUUUGGUCGAGAAUAUUCUGCAAGCGAAUAGCUUUGAUGUCACGGCUAAACUUGCUGAUGUGCUUGAUAAUGAGCCAUUGCUGGAUGCACUGCUAAAACAUCUGUCUGAGGCUCGUGACAUCGUCGAGAACAUCACCGCAUCUGACACCUGCACGGGAUACAUCUUCGCCAAGAAAAAGGCGACCUCCUCCAGCGAACCAGUCGAGGCGAACGCGUCUCAAAAGCGCGAAGGGCUACUCUACGACGAUUUCCAUCCAUUUGUUCCACACAAGUUCAAGAAAGACUCGUCAUUUGAGAUACUUGAAUUUGAAGGCUACAACAGAACAGUUGACGAGUUUUUCUCAUCCUUGGAAGGCCAAAAGUUAGAAUCUCGACUCACUGGAAGAGAAGAAGCCGCCAAGAAGAAACUUGAAGAUGCUAGGCAUGAACAGGGCAAGAGGAUCCAAGGUCUACAAGACGCUCAGGCGAUGAAUCUCCGCAAAGCAGCUGCUAUCGAAGCAAAUGUGGAGCGCGUGCAGGAGGCCAUGGACGCGGUAAAUGGCCUUGUUGCCCAGGGCAUGGAUUGGAUAGACAUCGGGAAGCUUAUUGAGCGAGAGAAGAAGCGACAGAACCCCGUUGCCGAAACUAUCCAUCUUCCCCUCAAAUUGUCCGAGAACACAAUUACUCUCCUUCUUGCAGAGGAAGAGUUUGAUGAGGACGAAGAUGAAGCAGAAGAAGCCAACCCAUACGAAACUGACGAGAGCGACUCGGACGAGGGUACGAGUGAAGCUGCUUCAACGAAAGAUACGAAACCCGCGAAGCUUCUAACAGUUGACAUUGUCCUCAACGUUAGCCCCUGGAGCAAUGCUAGAGAGUAUUAUGAACAGCGAAGAUCAGCUGCCAUCAAAGAAGAAAAGACUCAGCAGCAGGCAACCAAGGCCUUGAAGAGUACGGAGCACAAGAUUGCUGAAGAUCUGAAAAAAGGUCUGAAGCAGGAAAAAGCUCUUCUUCAGCCAAUUCGCAAGCAAUUGUGGUUUGAAAAAUUUCUGUGGUUCAUAUCCUCUGAUGGGUAUCUCGUCCUCGGAGGGAAAGACCCGCAACAAAGCGAAAUACUCUACAGGAGAUAUCUGCGGAAAGGUGACAUUUACUGUCAUGCCGAUAUACGUGGCGCGGCAAAUAUUGUGAUUAAGAAUAACCCAAACACGCCAGACGCCCCUAUUCCUCCAGCGACUCUGUCUCAAGCAGGGUCACUGUCGGUCUGCUCUUCGGAGGCUUGGGAUUCCAAAGCGGGCAUGGGUGCUUGGUGGGUCAACGCAGAUCAAGUAUCCAAAUCGGCUUCAACAGGAGAAAUUAUGCCUGCUGGAAACUUUAUUAUUCAGGGGAAGAAGAAUUAUCUGCCUCCAACUCAACUCCUGCUCGGUUUAGGAUUUGUAUUCAGAAUUAGUGAGCAGAGCAAAGGCUCGCAUUUGAAGCACCGAGUACAAGACGAAAGCUCAUCAACAGCGGCAGAAGGGGCAACUGCUGGCGACGAUGAAUUGGAAAACGAGGAGGAAAUUAAUGAAUCAGAUAUUUCGGACGACGAGUUUUCUGAAAACCCAUCUGGUCAUGAGAAACGAGCAAAUCCUCUUCAAGGCUCUGGAAAUGAAGAUGAGACCAUAGAUGAUACGGCUGACAAGCUGUCAACAGUGGAUAUCGGGGAUCAGUCUGCCAACGAUGAAGCUGAUCCCUCAUCUGCGCAGGCCACUGAAGACAAGCCAUCAGAGGGAGAAGAUGACGCAGACGCAAACGCAGACGCAAACGCAGACGCAGACGCAGACGAAGAGGAGCAUGGCAGUGAGGGAGACGAGGUAGCACCUUCUGAACCUGCCACCGAAGUGUCUGAGGCGCCCAGUAAAAUCUCCUCACAUUCAACAAAAACCUCAGAGACAACCAAGAAAGGAGGCCAGAAACGUGGACAAAAAGGAAAAGCGAGAAAGAUUGCCCAGAAAUACAAAGAUCAGGAUGAGGAGGAUCGCAUUACAGCAGAAGCCUUGAUUGGAGCCACGGUGGGACGACAGCGGGCCGAAGCAGAGGCGGCCGCUAAAGCCCAGCGGCAGGUCGAAAUGGAAGCCAUGAAGGAGCGUCGACGUGCCCAACAUGAGCGGAAGCAAAAGGAAGUCGCGGAACAGGAAGAAAUCCGCCGUGCUAUGAUGAAUGAAGGCCUCGACUUACUGGAGCCUGAUGAGGCUGAGAAGGCGACUAACUUGGACACCUUGGUUGGCACGCCGCUGGCGGGAGAUGAGAUUAUUGAGGUCAUCCCCGUCUGUGCGCCGUGGAACGCCCUGGUUCGGUUCAAAUACAAGGUUAAGAUGCAGCCGGGCUCUGUGAAGAAGGGCAAGGCGGUCAAGGAAGUGCUGGAGCGUCUCAAGACCGACUCUGCCAGAAAAGGCGUCAUUGACGAGGCCGGACGAGACAAGGAGAAGAUGUGGCCGAGAGAGAUUGAGCUCAUCAAGGCCCUUAAGCCGGAGGAGAUUGUCAACACCAUAUCGGUCAGCAAGGUGAGAGUCAUGUUGGCCGGCGCGAGUGGAGGGGACAAGGGGUCUUCUAGCGGCGGGAAAGGCAAAGGCGGGGGUAAAAGUCAAGGAAAGGGAGGAAGGGGAGGCAAGGGCUCAAAGAAAUAG